AUUGACAUUAAAUUUUGUAAUCAAAUAGAAAAUAUAACAGUCGAUGAACAAAUAAAACUAACAUCAUGCUAAAUGGAUCCCAAAUAUGUAUUUAAUUAAAAUGAAAGCCAUGAUCUUUGUUUUUAUCAAUAUUUAACUCCUAAUUUAGCUAUAUGGGGCUCCAACAUGAGCUAUCGACGACUUCGUUGCUCAAACUCUGCUCAUUUAUCUUUUGGGGUUGGUCGUAUCUAUGCUGUGCUCAUAACGCGCCAGAGAAAAAUCCGGAAUGGUCCUCCAGGGUGAUUACCCUACUUCAUGGCAGUGUAGCAACUGUGGCUGGACUGUGGCAAUGUGGUUUGACAACUAUUACGAAACAUUCUCUCACGUCAAAAAUAACGGUAGCUCAUUACGCCCUAAUGCUUUGGUCGUGGGGUUACUUCGCAUUUGACUUGGUGUGGUGCCUUAUAUACUGGUCGAAUAGCUACGUCAUACUCUGCCAUCAUUUGACUGCUUUGAUAGGGGUCAAUAUUUACAUGACCAAGGACUAUACGGGAUGUACGUUCGCCUGCACGCUGGCGCUGAUGGAGGUCACCAAUCCACUUUUGCAAACGCGAUGGCUUCUGCGUAAUGAAGGUUAUGGUCAAACGAUGCCAUUUUACAUAAUUGAGAUGAUAUAUUUGUUGAUGUUUGUGUCUCUAAGAGGGCCGUUCUGCACAUAUCUCAUAUUCAAAAUCCUUAAAUCAGACAUAUUGGAUACAGAUGAGAAGAUAGUAUCAGUAGUACUAUAUCUGGUGUCCCUAGAAUUGAUCUAUGAAAUACUUAGCUACGUUAUGUACAAGUAUAAAAAUAAAAUAGACACAUUCCGGGGAUUAGCUAAUGAACUAGGUGUAGUAUUAAAUUAUAUGCCAUAAAAGAUUUUUAUAAAAAACAAUGUUUACAAUUUAAGUAAAUAAAACUCUUUUCAAUAUACUGUUUUGGGAUUUCCCUAAUUUUUGAUGUGAACAUAUUA